AUGCAGUUCAAAUCGUACGAAAAUGUGCUGCAGCUGCACCCAGACACCUUGGAAGUAACGCUGAAGGAGUACAACCUGGAUAGGCCGGGAGAACUAGAAAAUUCGAUUAAGAUAUUAAAGGAUUGGGUGAAGAAGCAACCGCAUUUUACCCGGACUGAUUUUCACGAUGAUUACUUACGUUCGUCGAUUUUGGAAGGAAAGGGCUCCGUUGAGAAGGCGAAACAAUUCAUUGAUCGAAUGUGCACUUUGCGUACAUUAUUGCCUCAGUGUUUCGAUACUUACGACGUGAAGAAGGACUUCCAGCAUGUCUUCAAUGUGACUCACCCAGUAAUUUUGCCACGCCUAACCAAGGAUCACCAACGGGUCUUUGUAGCGAAACUCUGCAACAAUGUCACAGAUACAUCACAAGUCACGAAUUUCUUCAAAUACGGCUAUUUGUUCGGAGAAUAUUUAAAAGCCUGUGAUAUAGUCACAGGUUUCCGUCUUAUAGUGGAUUUCACAGACAUUAAUCUAAUGGAUCUUCUAACUAAGCUCAAUCCCAUGGACCUACGGCAUGCCUUGACUAUAUAUCUUGAAGGUUACGGAAUGAAAAUCAAAGGAAUCCACUUGAUCACAUCGUCUAAAGUAAUCGACGGACUAGUUGGGAUUUUGAAGCAGAUACUGAAGCCGAAAGUAGGGGACCGGAUCUACGUUCACAAGUCUGGAGAGGAACUCUUCGAUGUUGUCGGAAAGGAUAUUCUACCAGAGGACUUUGGUGGCGACGAAAAGCCAUUGAUCAAAAUUCACGAGGAUUGGAUAAAUGCACUAUCUCAAGAGGAAUUCAUAGAAUACGUAAGAAAAAUGAAUGCAGCCACAACAAACGAAUCUUGCCGACCUACCUUGAAGUUUAACGACGAAUACGCCGGGAUGCCCGGAACAUUCAGGGUACUGAGUUUAGAUUAG